GGCGAAGAAGAGAGAAGGAUGGGGGGCUCCGGUGCUGCGCAUUUGGCCUUUUGGGGGCUCCUGCUGGGGAUGGGGGCGCUGGUGGUCUCCGCUUCGGAGGGGCUGGGCGUGGAGGAGCCUCCAGAGCAUUUCCUGCACCAGGCGAAGUCCGAGUGCCACUUCUCCAACGGGACGCAGCGGAUCCGCUACCUAGAUAGGUACUUCUUCGGCCGGCAGGAGCUCACUUACUUCGAUAGCGACUUAGGGAAGUUCGUGGCGGUGGCUGAACUGGGGGAGCUCAUCGCCAAGCAAUGGAACCAGGACAAGGACUACCUACAGAGCGAGAGGGCCGAGGUGGAUCGCUUCUGCCGGCACAACUACGGGGUCCUCGAGCCCUUCUCCCAGGCCCGGCGCGUCCAGCCCAAGGUGAAGAUCACCCCCACAGACAACGAUGAAUCUUCACCACACAACACUCUGCUGAUUUGCAAUGUGAACCGCUUCUUCCCUGCGGGGAUCGAGAUCAAGUGGUUCAGGAACGGGAAGGAGGAGCCCAAAGUGUGGACCACGGACCUCAUCCGGAACGGGGACUGGACCUUCCAUAUUGAGGUGAUGCUGGAGACAAAGCCGGAACGUGGAGACGUCUACACCUGCCAGGUGGAGCACGCCAGCUUCGAAGGCCCCGUCACGGUGCAAUGGGAGCCCCAGUCGGACUCUGCCAGGAGCAAGAUGUGGACGGGGAUUGUGGGGAUUGUGCUGGGGCUGGUCUUUGGGGCCACGGGACUCGCCCUUUACCUGAAGAACAAGAAAGGGCGAACUGUUCCUCAGCCUGCAGGACUCAUCAGUUAGACUUGGCUGCUCCAUCAGGAUCCUGGGAUGUGGAGAAGCUCUGUUCUCCCUGCCAGUUGCCCUCUGUCCAUGCUCAGAGGGUGGAAACCUCCUUGGAAGGUGGAUGGAAAGAGUCACAGAUCAAGAACAACAGUGUGCCCCCCCCCAAUACCUCUGUUUCUCAUUUGGGGAAAGUUUCUUUUUGUGUUUCCCUCUCUGCUUGUUUAUUGCAAGUUAAGGCAACCUGAUUUUACUUCUUUGCACCUCUCUGCUAGAGAAUUUGUGCUUUGAAUCUCCCUGAAGGAGCCUGAGCUGUCCCUGAAAACAACCACGAAUCUCCUAACACUGCAAGGACUGGUCCUUCAAGCCCUGAGG